AUGCAAAGCGCAGCAGAGGCCAAGGUGGGAGCGGGUGCUGCAACGUCUGCACCCGGAGCCGCACAUCAGAACGCGAGCCAUGUUCAGAGGGGCGCACCAGCCAACGUCUUACCUGCCUAUUUGGCAUUCGCCCUCAAGUCCACCCUCUGUCCCGAUCUUGAGCUGCACGCUUUUGGCAGAGCAUAUCCAGCCCACCGAAUCCUGCUGGCUCAAUCUCCCUUCUUCAGAGCCAUGUUGACUGGAGGUUGGGCGGAACAUUCUCAGCUUAGACCUACCCUGCACACAUCUUCCUCUCAGCCAGGCGCUCAGCUCCGUCUUUCCUUCGACGAUCCCCACAUUGGUCGAGCAGCGUUCGAGUACUGUCUCACAUCCCUCUACGGAGCUGAGCCCAGACUGGUCUUGCCUAGCUGGGCCAGACCAACCCCAACGCAUCCACUCGGUCUGGCCUGGCCACCGCGAGCUGUUCGCAUGCCACCCUCCGAAGCUGAAUUGGAAGCGGACGGCAUUGCUCAGUGCGAUGUUCAGGAAGCAGCAUCGCUUCCCCAUGGCGCUCAUCCUGCUACCCCGAGAUUCUUGCUCAGUCUACUGAGCACUAGCUUGUACCUCGGCAUCCCAUCCAUCAGCUCCAGAGCUCUCACCCUCAUCCUCGCCAGCAUCACGCCUUGGACACUCCCCACUUACCUCAGAUACGCCAUUGGAGAAGGAGUCGAUUCGGAUCCGAACAUUGCAGAGGGUGACUUGGAUCAAGAGAUUGACGGACCUCUUGCGGGUGCAGAGGUGCUUGGCUCUGCCAUCGAGGAGACCGAGUCAGAUUCCUUCCACGAAGAUGAAGCGCUGGACGAUAGCGCCCAGACGGAAUUGAAUGAUCUGGCCGAUAAGGUAGCUUCCACUAGCCUCUCUGCACGUGGAAGCCGAAACGCUUCGCAUUUGGAAAGUGCUGCAGCACAAAAGGAAGCCGAGAUGCCGACUGGGCAGCCCCUGGAUGCUCGGUCUGACAGCCCCUUGCAAGCCAUCAAGAAGCAUAGCCAUGAAGCGUCGCCUGUGAUGCACUCCAAGCACCCAUCACCUACCACUUUUCGCGGCGCUCAAGCCUCUGCGCCUGCCACGCCGCGCCAGUCGCGCGCCCUCAACGAGUCGGUCCUUCGAGCGAGCCGCAGUGCACCUCUGAGACGCAAGUACGACUACGGACCUGCAGCAGCUAGGAUUGGUGAAGCGUGCGCUUGUUGGAUCUCUCGAUGGGGCGCUGACGUGAUCCAGGUUGAAGAGGCUCUGGUUAUGCUCGAAGAACAGCUGGACUGGCAUGCACGUAGCAGCAAAGCUGAACAUUUUCGCGACGAAGAUGACAGGAGUGCUUCGAUGGACGACACAGCGAGCUCUUCGUCCGCUGGAUCGACGCAAGGGGUCCAGUACAACGCUACAGCAGCGGGUGAUCCCGACGAGCUGGGCGACGGUCGCGCGCAUGCCUUUCCUCCUCCUCCAAAGCUCGUCUUUUGGGGCCCUUCUAGUCACGGCGGUGUGCCUGCUUCGUGGGUACGGGGAACUAUCAGCGCGGACACGCUAUGUGUCAGAGGGGAAGCGGAGAGGUGGGACCUUGCGAGACGGGUUGUGGACCUCAGACGUGGUGCGCUCAUCGCGAGCGCACAACGCGAUGACAGCGAGCUCGACGUGUUCGAGGAGAGUCUGAAUACGCGCGAAGGGGGCGACGCAUCCCCAGAAGAGGACGCUUACGAGUCGGACGGCUCCAGCGCCGUACCAGAGAGCGAUCAGUACUUGGCGCGCGAUGCUCAUGAACCUCGAAGACGCAGAGCUGCGCAAUGGCAUCCGACCCGGAGACACGCGAUGGAAAACGAUGCGGAAGGAGGCCAGGAUCUGUCGGCUUGGUGCGAUACACCAGAUCUGGAAGCGGAAGAAGCGGAGUUUGUAAAGCUCUUCUGCGAAGGCAUCUACUACACCCACAUGGCCUUUGCCGAGCUCAGCAAGAUCCAUCAGUGCAUCUCGCCCCACACUGGCAAACCCUACACGCCGCAAAUGGUGCUGCAAGCUGCGCAUUGGGCUGGACACGAGCUGCAGAAUCGAAUUCUGGCAGUUGCGCCGCCCGCUGAUGAUCCGCACGCUGGCGCGUCUUCACCGGACGACGAGGAUCGGGAUGUCCUAGGAGCCGAAGGGGAAGGGAAUACGGCGCAGCGUCAAGCUGGAGCGGGCGAUGUCACUCCCAACGCCGCCGCUGCAGCUUCUGCGAGUUCGGGAAAUGCUGCAAAGAAGGAACCUGCCACAUCCAGUCUGGGCGUCUCGUCGCAGUUGGCAGACUUUGAAAGGGCGGCAGCCAAGGUGGAGAGCGCCUCUCGAGCGUCGAAGAACAAAUUGGGCACGCCCUCUAGAUCCAGAUUUGGGACGCCUGUGAGGAGCUCCGCUGUCUCUUUGCCUUCCUCGCCUGAUCAGCAUCUUCAUCUGGGAGGUCUAGGUAGUUCGGCAUCGCCGGCAGGACCAUCGUUCCUUGCUCCGUCUGGUGGUUCAGGAGGGGCCAGUGCUGCUCUUCUUCGACGAUCUUUCUUUCCCGUACCUGCAGAUGACACGGUUAGGCUAGGCGACGGACUUGGGGCUUUAACAAGCGCGCCCAACGCGGCUGCAGCGGCUGCUGCUGCUUCCGUCGGCACGCAUCAGGCUGCUGUAGGCGCGGUGCCGGCAUCUGGGCUCGGCCUGGACAGCGACGCUAUCGGGAUCUCGACGAGCUUCAACGCUGAAUCGUGGGACGGUCCGCUGGGUCUUGCAGCAGCGAGGGAGCCGAGCACUCUAACCAUGCCGUCUGCCCAUACUUGCAAGAGUACCAACGUCGGCGGACCGAAUCCGUACGGUCGAGGAGCCAGCUCUGAUGGGCACGGCUCACCUGGUCAGGGCGGAGGAUUGAUGAUGUCGACCAAUGGCAACAUGACUGCUACCAGAGACGCUGCCGGUUUCUUUGGAACGGCCAAUAUUGUGCAGACCGGUAGCGAUCUGGCAUGGCACUCGUCGCGCAUUCGAAAUGCUGCCAGAUCACUCUCUCCCGGCGCCUCCAGUGGGCUGCGUUCGAGUACGACUGAAGAAGACGAUCCCACGGGGCACGCCACCUCCCUUGGUGAGGAUUCGAAGUCGCCUUCAUUUGCCGCUUCGCCGCGAGCCGAUGCUGCGCUCAAGUCCCGCUGGACCGGCUACGAGCCUAUGCGACUUGGAGUAGAAUUCUACGGCGUGGAUAAACUGGCAGAGAAGCAGAGGCUUUACUCGCCCACCUUCUUCUAUGCUGGUAGCAUCUGGAACUUGUAUUGCCAGACGCUUCGGAAGCCAAAGGGUCUGCAAUUGGGCGUCUACUUGCAUCGUCAGAGCCCCAGCGAGCCUCUGCCUCCGGCCAGUCAACCCCCAAUCUCCUACAAUUCGUACGAGUACGGCACAAUUGAGGGGUGCGCUAGUGCUCAUCUUACCCCCCAGGCUCUUUCGCUCAUCAACAGCGGCGCCAACAAUGUGAUGGACAAGUUUGCGAAUGCGCACGAGGCUCUUUGGCAAACUGAAGGACACUCGAUGGGUGGCGGAGAGGUGGACGAGACGCCAAGCAUUCGGAUCGGCUUGCCGAGCGGUGCUCAUACCUUGCAAGCUGGGGGCGUUGCGAGUCCUCCGAGCGCGUCUGGUGGAUCACUAUCCCCUCAGCCUCCAACGUCUAGACGUACGAGCACCCACUCCACGUCGUCGAAUGCCAAGUCUUUCCUGGAGCCGGCGAUGGACGCAUCGUCGGUCGCGCAGGACCACGUCGAUUUGCCGCCUAUUCCCCUCUUUCCUCGCUCUAAUACUUCGGCCCCACUUCACUCGCUUGUGAAUGGAGGGCUUGGAAGCAACGCGUAUCCUUCCAGUACAGGCAGCGGGUCUCUCUUCCCCUCGAACGCGCCCAAAGGGAUACACGCCGGCACAGCGCAAAGGGCAUCUUUGCCUACGGGCGGCAAUACCUCGAACGACGUUGCAAGCGCAUCACAAUCGCAAAAUCCUGCCUCCUUCUUGCCCGCACCGUCGAGCCCCACCACGCCCUCUGCACCGACUGGGGCUGCUUUACCAGCCCUUUCCCGCUCGUCCGGCGCGAUGGGUGGGCAAAAUGUGUCCCAACCGCAAUCUCAAUCUCAAUCGCAGGCGCAAGCUCAAUCUCAAGCAGCGAGCAGUGCGGUAAGCAUGCCGUACCGGGACGACCGAAGACUUUUGCGCGCAUUCUUCGCCAUACAUUGUCCAAGCCCCCUAGGCUCCGCAUUGACCCGCUUCUCCUCCGGUCCGGACCAAUUCACCGUCAGUCAGAGCUGGGGCUGGAAGAGCUCGUCGUUGUUAGGCGCUACGUUUUUGAUGGAUGGAGAAUUGGGAAGCGCAAAGACGGAGAGCGCGAAGAGGUUCAGAUGCGUCUGCACCAUUGGUCUGAUCUGA